AGAAGGCCUUUUGUUUCAGUUCUCUCCAAACAAACGGGUCAAAUUGGCCUUUGAACUUAUCUUCAAAAUGCCAAAAAACCAUUUUAGUCAGUCAGUUAGUCAGUCACUCAGUCCACAAUGUAACGUGAAUCAAAACGGGUCAAUUUUUUGUUAACAUCAAAACUCUAUUAAAAUUUCGUUUUGCAAAAUGGAAGAGCCCAAAUUUGUAGAAGAUAACGAUAUUUUACCAGCCGACAAAAUCAAAGCAGCAAGUGCAGAUGGUGAAAUCAAGGAAUCGUUUUCCCCCAAGCCAUCAGACCAGGAAGAGGUUUUUAAAGAGGAACAAGCAAUCCCGAGCGCCGAGAGAGAACCAGAACCACAAUUGAAUGUGGAGAAACUUCUGGAUAAAACGGUUAAAAAGUCCCAGAAAAAUAACGAUUCGUUCGAAGAAAACCCAAGAAAAAGUUCUAUAACGUUGAAGAAUGAUGACGCCAACAAUGAGAUCUCGCCGGCAGCUGUCUCAAACCUUAGCAAACAAGAACAAGAGUUAAAUGAAACAAUGCCAGUUGAAACCCCCAACAUAGAGCAAAAUCACAUACAAUCCCAAACUGAAGAACUUAGUCCCAAGGAAAAUUCCACAGAGACAACUUUAAAGAGUCAAACGCAGGCUGAGGAGCAGAACGGAGACAAGAAAUCUACUGCAGCACAGGACGAGACCAGGAAUUUAAAGGAAAAUCAAACUAUUGAGGAUCAAGUGACGACAACGACGUCCCAAGCAGUUCAAGAACAGGAGACCAAGGACACCAAGUUGAAUACGUUUGAAGCAGUUAAAGAACAGAAGGAGUCCGUGGACACCAAGCUGAAUACUUUACAAGCAGUUCAAGAAAAGAAAAUGGAGCCCAAGGACACCCAGUUGGAUGCCGCGAAGAAGCCGUUCAUUAAAGAAGCACGUGGAAUAACGCCGGCAGAGAAUUUCGUAGAAUCAUCUAGGAAAGACAGAGCCAAGGAUAUUCUAUUGGAACAGGAGAAUAGAAAAACCUGGAAGACUUUACUUGACGAGGUCAAUCAGGUCUCUUCCCUGUCCGCUUUUAAUACACUGUAUGAAAAGUCCUCCCCUGUACGCUCUGCAAAGCAGCUGUACAAGAAGAAGAUGCAGAUACUCAGAGACAACUUCACAUACCGCUUGGGGCUUCUCAAGCAGCUCAAAGAAGCCAUUAAAGAUAAAUACCGUAGCGAGGCCCAGCAGCUCUACUCCGACUACACUACCUCCAAGCACAGGAACCGAUAUCUAGAUAUCAAUAACAAACACUCCUCCGACUCCCAGGAGUCCCUGGUGACAGCACCCGGUGAGAGCCUUAUGGAUUUGGACACCCUGGGCUAGAGAACCACAACCAGGACUUAUCCCGGCCGGGAAGGCCUAAAGAUGGCCCUUGGUUCCUUGCGUUCAUUAUGUGCACUUCUUGCUUUGCAUCUUGAAGAGGCAACAGGCAACAGUGUAUAAAUUCUCCAGCACUCGGCUUUAAUUUGUGCCACUUCUGUUUUGCAUGACGAAAAGAAAAGGCUUCACACCGAAGAGCAAAGACAAUAAAAAAAAAAUUGACCCAAAUACUACCU